AUGGAGGCGCCCGGGCCGGCCCAGGCGGCCGCGGCGGAGAGCAACUCCCGAGAGGUGGCGGAGGAUACCGCCGACUGGGCGCCCGCGCUCUGCCCCAGCCCCGAGGCGCGGUCGCCGGAGGCGCCUGCCUACCGCCUGCAGGACUUCGACGCGCUGGUCACCGUGGGCACUGGGACGUUCGGGCGGGUGCACCUGGUGAAGGAGAAGACAGCCAAGCAUUUCUUCGCCCUCAAGGUGAUGAGCAUUCCCGACGUCAUCCGCCUGAAGCAGGAGCAGCACGUGCACAAUGAGAAGUCUGUCCUGAAGGAAGUCAGCCACCCGUUCCUCAUCAGGCUGUUCUGGACGUGGCAUGACGAGCACUUCCUCUACAUGCUCAUGGAGUACGUGCCGGGCGGCGAGCUCUUCAGCUACCUGCGCAACCAGGGGUGCUUCUCCAGCACCACGGGGCUCUUCUACUCUGCGGAGAUCAUCUGUGCCAUGGAGUACCUGCACUCCAAGGAGAUCGUCUACAGGGAUUUGGAGCCGGAGAACAUCCUGCUGGAUAGGGAUGGCCACAUCAAGCUCACGGACUUUGGGUUCGCCAAGAAGCUGGUAGACAGGACUUGGACCCUCUGUGGAACACCUGAGUACCUAGCCCCCGAAGUCAUUCAGAGCAAGGGCCACGGAAGGGCUGUGGACUGGUGGGCCCUCGGCAUCCUGAUAUUCGAGAUGCUUUCGGGGUUUCCUCCAUUUUUUGAUGAAAACCCGUUGGGCAUUUAUCAGAAAAUUCUUGCAGGCAAACUAGAUUUCCCCAGACAUUUGGAUUUCCGUGUAAAAGACCUCAUUAAGAAACUGCUCGUGGUUGACAGAACAAGGCGAUUAGGAAACAUGAAGAAUGGGGCGAAUGAUAUGAAACGCCAUCGGUGGUUCCGCUCCGUGGACUGGGAAGCUGUUCCGCAGAGAAAACUGAAGCCUCCCAUCGUGCCCACGACAGCUGGCGACGGCGACACUUCCAACUUCGAAACUUACCCUGAGAAUGACUGGGACACAGCCGCGCCCGUGCCGCAGAAGGAUUUAGAAAUCUUCAAGAAUUUCUGAGGACAGGAGCUCACAUCUGGAAGAAACAGGAAGAUUGGAAUCUGCCUGAAACAAAGAACUGCACCUAAGCAGACCAGAAGCAAAAUGUCUUCUUCACGGCCUGAGGACAUUGCCAGUUUUCUCUGUACCUGUGUGUAUAGAAAUAGAUCAGAGCACAGUUGAAAUUCAUGGAACUGGCAUUAUUUAAGCAACCAGAAUUCCACACUGUAGGAAGGUUUUGAAAAUUGUUUCGUUGUAGAUUUUAUCUUAUCUUUUGGU